GCAGGAAGUGUUUGAGGAAGUUGCGCGGGGCUGGCAGGUUUAAGAUUCCCGCAUUUUAAUGUCUUGGGGCGGUGCCAGCGCCCCCGCUCUGGCCGCCCCAGCCCCCGCCUCCCCCGGCCCGCGUCCCCGCGGACAGAGUUAGCCCAGCAUCAGUAUGAGCUGGUCACCUUCCCUGCCAACCCAGACAUGUGGGCCCUGGGAAAUGAAAGAACGACUGGGGACAGGGGGAUUUGGAAACGUCAUCCGGUGGCACAAUCAGGAGACAGGUGAGCAGAUUGCUAUCAAACAGUGUCGGCAGGAGCUAAGCCCCCGGAAUCGGGAGCGGUGGUGCCUGGAGAUCCAGAUCAUGAGAAGGCUGAACCACCCCAGUGUGGUGGCAGCGCGGGAUGUCCCCGAGGGGAUGCAGAACUUGGCUCCCAAUGACUUGCCCCUGCUGGCCAUGGAGUACUGCCAGGGAGGAGACCUCCGAAAGUACCUGAACCAGUUUGAGAACUGCUGUGGCCUGCGGGAAGGAGCCAUCCUCACCUUGCUGAGCGACAUUGCCUCUGCACUUAGAUACCUUCAUGAAAACAGAAUCAUCCAUCGGGACCUAAAGCCAGAAAAUAUCGUCCUUCAGCAAGGAGAGCAAAGAUUAAUACACAAAAUUAUUGACCUAGGAUAUGCCAAAGAACUGGACCAGGGCAGCCUUUGUACUUCCUUUGUGGGAACCCUGCAGUACCUGGCCCCGGAGCUGCUGGAGCAGCAGAAGUACACAGUAACCGUGGACUACUGGAGCUUUGGCACCCUGGCCUUCGAGUGCAUCACAGGCUUCCGGCCUUUCCUCCCCAACUGGCAGCCGGUGCAGUGGCAUUCCAAAGUCCGGCAGAAGAGUGAGGUGGACAUCGUCGUCAGUGAAGACUUGAAUGGAGCGGUGAAGUUCUCCAGCUCUUUACCCUACCCCAAUAACCUGAACAGCGUCCUGGCCCAGCGGCUGGAGAAGUGGCUGCAGCUCAUGCUGAUGUGGCAGCCCCGGCAGAGGGGCACCGACCCAGUGUAUGGGCCCAACGGCUGCUUCAAGGCCCUGGACGACAUUCUAAACUUGAAGCUGGUUCAUAUCCUGAAUAUGGUCACAGGCAUCAUUCACACAUACCCAGUGACAGAGGAUGAGAGUCUGCAGAGCUUGAAGGCCAGAAUCCAGCACGACACAGGCAUCCCCGAGGAGGACCAGGAGCUGCUGCAAGAAGCAGGUCUGGCGUUGAUGGCCGACAGGCCGGCCACACAGUGUAUUUCAGACAGCAAGCUGAACGAAGGCCGCCCGCUGGACAUGGACCUCAUUUUUCUCUUUGACAACAGUAAAAUCACGUAUGAGACUCAGAUCUCCCCACGGCCCCAACCUGAAAGUGUCAGCUGUAUCCUCCAAGAGCCCAAGAGAAACCUGUCCUUCUUCCAGCUGAGGAAGGUGUGGGGCCAAGUCUGGCACAGCAUCCAAGCGCUGAAGGAGGACUGCAACCGGCUGCAGCAGGGACAGCGAGCUGCCAUGAUGAAUCUGCUCCGGAAUAACAGCUGCCUGUCCAAGAUGAAGAACUCCAUGGCUUCCAUGUCUCAACAGCUCAAGGCCAAGUUGGACUUCUUUAAAACCAGCAUCCAGAUUGACCUGGAGAAGUACAGUGAGCAGACAGAGUUUGGGAUCACAUCAGACAAACUGCUGCUGGCCUGGAGGGACAUGGAACAGGCUGUGGAGCUCUGCGGGCGGCUUUUUCACCAGGAGAAUGACGUGAAACACCUGGUGGAACGGAUGAUGGCCCUGCAGACCGACAUCGUGGACCUGCAGAGGAGCCCCAUGGGCCGGAAGCAGGGGGGUACGCUGGACGACCUAGAAGAACAAGCGAGGGAGCUUUACAGGCGACUAAGGGAGAAACCAAGAGACCAGCGAACUGAUGGGGACAGUCAGGAAAUGGUACGGCUGCUGCUCCAGGCAAUCCAAGGCUUUGAGAAGAAAGUGCGAGUGAUUUACACGCAGCUCAGUAAAACUGUGGUUUGCAAGCAGAAAGCUCUGGAAUUGUUGCCCAAAGUGGAAGAGGUGGUGAGUUUAAUGAAUGAGGAUGAGAAGACUGUGGUUCGGCUUCAGGAGAAGCGGCAGAAGGAGCUCUGGAAUCUUUUGAAGAUUGCUUGUAGCAAAGUCCGGGGGCCUGUCAGUGGAAGCCCAGACAGCAUGAGCGCUGCUCGUCUCAGCCACCCUGCUCAGCUGAUGUCCCAGCCCUCCGCUGCCCCCAACAGCUUACCCGAGUCCAUCAAGAAAAGUGAAGACCUGGUGGCUGAAGCACAUACCCUCUGCAGCCAGUUAGAAAAUGUAAUACAAGACACCAUGACAGAGCGGGACCAGAGUUUAAGGUCUCUAGACUGGAGCUGGUUACAGACGGAGGAAGAGGAGCAGAAUGGCCUGGAGCAGGCAGCAUGACUGUGGGUGGCCUUGCCCGCCUGAUGGGGCCACCUGGCAUGGGCCUCCCAGCAUCUCUGGCACCCAGACGGGUGUCCUUUCACUGUCUCAGCAGCUGUGACGUUCACCAUAGCCCAAGGGUGUGGCCCCGUGGUCACUGCCAGUGGCUUGUCUGCAUGCCGAAAGUCCUCCACCACAGAGGCCCAGCGCAUGCUGAUGCCAGGCAUGAUCAUUUAGGGGGACCAAGAACAGCAGCUACUUCCUCUGCUCUGAAAAAUGUGCUCAAAGCACAGUCUGCCCCAUAGACCACUGCACAGAUGCGUGACGUGAAUCUUCAGGACAAAGUUUGACCGGCCUGUCCUCUCCUGACCUCUCCUGAUCUCCAGAGGCCCUGAUCCACGUGUGCUCACAGCUAGUGUUUUGUCUGGAUUUGACAUCUCUUAAACAGACUUUGAAAUCAUAGCUGUGGCCUGGCCGCACCCCCUCCCUUCCUCCUCUCAUUCACAGCUGCUAAGAUGCUCCUCUCACCGACAGCUUUGGUGGUGGUCCUCCCUCUGGCAGGGUCACAGGGGGGUGCUAAGCUCCCCCGCCUUCUGUCCUUGCAGCCACAGGGCGACUCACCAGAGCCAGGAUGAGAGCACCUCCCUUUCUUUGGGCCCCUGAGAUGACCUGGUGUUAGUCGUCCUGGAAAAGAAGGCAAGAAAGAAUGGGAAUCUGCCAACUGCCAGCCCUCUGCCCGCUGCCCACCGCUCGUCUCCUUGCUUAGGCUCGGCUGAGUGCGCUGGUGGUGUGGGGCCGGGGCUCCUGCCUCUCAGACCAGCGAGCAGGGUUACUAAAUGGAUUUAUUUAAAAAAGAGUUCUAUAUUUUGUAACAUGACUCAAGCCCUUGUACUGAC